AAGGAGUUGGCAACAGUGUGAGAUCAGUCAUGUCUCUAGAUGAUGAAGACAGUACCUGGCUACUGGCCUUAGAAUCGGCACUACACGAAGGUGCUGAUGACCAUGAACUCAUAGGUAUCACAAGAGGUCGGAUUUUACCAGAGGAACAUCGAGCUGAGAUCUGGUAUAUAUGUUUGGGGGGAGGCAAUAAAUUCAGCAACUUUGCACAAUUUGAUGAAAUAUUUGAUUUACAAGACCAGAGUGUUGUUAGAGCAGACGUCAAAUCGCUUGUGGACAAAUUAGGAAAUGAGGAAGAAGACAAGGUAUCCAUUGUGUGCGAUGUGGAGUCUAUAUUUACGCACUACUGCAAAACACGACACUUGAAAUAUGACACAUCUCAACUCUGGGGUGACAUUGUGUUGCCACUCCUGGCUGCAAAGAUGCCCAGAGAUCACAUCUAUGUGUGCUUUGAGGAAAUUUUAGAAAAAUAUAUACCAAGGGAAUCCGGCCUGGGGAGCUCUGUAUACCACUUACUGCGGUUGAUACUCCUUUACCAUGACCCAGAGCUGUCCACAUUCCUUGACUCGCGCAAGAUCACCCCAGACCUCUAUGCCACCUCAUGGAUGCGGAGUCUGUUCUCCUCGGUGUGUAGUCUGGAUGCCACAAUGGCGGUAUGGGACAUCUACUUCCAGGAGAGAGACCCGUUCUUCAUCCUUUUCCUUGCUCUAGUCAUUUUAGUCAACGCGAGGGACCAGGUAUUGGAAAUGAAAAGUGAGACCCGUGAUCAGAUAAUAACCAUGUUGAGUGGCAUCCCUGCUGGACUCAGUACUGACGAUGUGUCAGACUUUUGCUCCUUGGCCAGAUAUUACAUCAUUAAGACUCCGCACACCUUCAGAAAAGAUUUCACAACAGCAAUAUUUGGUUCUGUGUACAUGGGCCAUGGGGAAGUGUGCAAUAGAGUGGGUGAUCUCCCCCUCUCACAGGCGCUUUGCUUGCCUGUCAGUGCAGAAGAGAUCAUUGACACUUGCGACAUGUUGCAAGUUGCUGGUGACGACAUUGAACAGGUGCGGUUCUUCUUGGUGGACUGCCGGCCUUCAGAUCAAUAUAAUGCUGGUCAUCUUCCAAACGCCUUUCACCUUGACUCUAGCCUGAUGCUCCAGCACCCAGCUUCCUUCCAAACUGCCGUCCAGGGCCUCUUUAUGGCCCAGCGUCAGGCCGUUGCCUCGGAGACCCCUGGCUGCGGCCAACACCUAUGCUUCAUUGGCUCAGGGCGUGAGCAGGAGGACCAGUAUGUGCAUAUGGUUGUGGCUUCCUUCCUACAGCGCAAUAGCCAGUAUGUCAGCCUGGCCAAGGGAGGAUACCAUGCCAUCCAUGACUUGCUUGUUCACAACAUCAACGAGAGCCUAGCAGACCACGAUUCCAAACGGUGCUUGGUCUGUGCCCCAGAUAGCCAGUCCCACUCCUCAGAGCCUGCCGAUCAAGAAGACUUCACCAUUACCACCAAACCCCAGCCGUCACUCAUGAACAAGUUUUCGUCUCUGUCGUCAGUCUUCAAGAUGAGGUCUGCGGAGAUGAAGGAGAAGUUAGUUGAAUAUAUCACAAACCCCAAUGGCGAUGGAACGACUGUGGACAGGCAUGUGAGCGCGCAGGAUCGGGGAAAAUUGUACCGCAACCAAGGAGAUGUCUUUAGCAUUGAAGAUGAUGAUGAUGGAGGCGGUGGUGCUGAUGGUAGAGAAAAUGACCGCUUGGAAGUAGUGAAAGUAUCUCAGUGGCUGAAGAAGCCUGAUGUCAUAACAUCAUUUGCAUGUCAUCAAGUCAAAGAAAAUGGUUACAUGUACAAAUGUCACCUCCUGCUUACGGAUACACUCCUGUUUGUCAUCCGGGAAUCCGAAACCAAGUCAGGAGAGGGUCACGUCACAGCACGGAGAACUUUGGCCUCCAUUGUAAAAAUAACGUCCAAGAAAAGACACCCUGAUCUCAUCACUUUUAAGUAUGGCACUACUUCACCUGAUGGAGAGGUCACUGUGUCAGAUAUGGACAGGUUUCUCAUCCCAAAGGCAAGCGAAGCAACCAAGAUCAUCAAGGAACAGAUCAUGAAACAGAUGGAUGCAGCAAAGUCGUAGUAUGCCGUAGCAGAAGCAACAACAACAAUGGCAGUAAGCACUGUCUGUUGCUCAUAGUUGGGCCACUUCCCAGUUCUCUACUGUGUGUCUGCUUGUCUGCCUAUUCCUGUCUGUGUGGCAGUUGGGGCACCCAGUAGGUCCUCUAUGUUGAGGGGUAAAUGAUAGCAGAUGUUGAAAGAGGUUCUUUUGUGUAGGUGUAAAUAGUUUUUGCUGAUAUUUUUUUUUAGAACACUUUAACUUGCCCCUUUCCCGAUCCCCAUCCCCAGCCUUUUUUUUUUAUUAGCUAUGGAAAUAACUUGAACAUAUUGUUUAAGGGUAAAAGAUGAUAGAGAAUAAAGAGAAAGACAGUAAAAUUAGUUAGGUAUUGCAUAGUUAUUGUAUUUCCUUUUUUCUGGUUAGUUUGUAAAUGUUUUGUGCUUGAAUAACUAUGGGUGAAUUGUAAGCCAAGGAAAGCCAUGUUCUGUUCGUCACAGGAGAGGAGAGGGUGA